AUGGGAAGAAAAAUCUUGUUUUAUUUUUUGCUUGCUUCUCUGUGCAUGGGGCUUUCCCUGACCUUGGAGCAGAUCCUUGCCAGGAAGAAUGCAAGUUCUAAAACAUCUUCAAAUAAGGAAGUGGUUAUAAAGAAUGAUCAAGAGAAUAAUGGAAGUAUGACAGCAAUCCGGAAUUCCACAACACCAGGCGCACAGGCUCUCAAUGACACCUUGAGCAGAGAAGGGCAUUUGGGGAAACAACCUUGGAAUGCCUUUGGCCACCAAGGCCCAGUUAACGUCUCCAUCGAUGGAAUUCCCUGCGUUCUCUUCCGGGCCAGAAGAAUCACCGUGAGGUUUAAGAACCAGACCUGGCUGGACCUUGCAGAAGAAGCCUUUGGCCAGAAGGCAACGGUGGACAUCGUCAACUCAAACUGCAGUGAACAAAGUGCCACGUUGUCUCUGAAGCUUGGUGACACAGAAAAUCUCACAGGUCUUGUUAUAAGAUUCGUCCUUACCAAUUACAACAAGUUGUCCAUCCAGAGUUGGUUUAGUUUGCACCGGGUAGAGAUGAUUUUCAAUAAUUCCAUCCGUGCGACCUUUAACGCGACUGGCAUAUACGCUCCGUCCAGUUACUCGUACCACUGCCACCUGGUCAGCAGCCUGCAGGGAGCCGACGCCCUCCUGUUGCCUAGCGACCCCGCGGACACGUCAAGCCUGUGGGAGGUUUCUUUCACUGACUUCCAGAUCCAAGGCUUCACCAUCCAGGGGGCGCGGUUUGCCAAAGCCCGGGACUGCGCCUCUUCCUUCUCGCCUGCCAUCCUGAUGGGGCUGGCCACGUCCCUGAUCCUGUUGCUGGUGCUGGCCUACGUCCUGCACAUGCUCACCUACCUGCGCGCUCUGGACCAGCACUACGAGUGCCUCUCCUCUCCUGCCCGCUUCCCACCGCUGAACGCUAGUGAUGCCGCCGAGGAGGAGCUGCUCCGGAGCCAGGGCGCCGACUGCUACGAGCUGAGCCAGCCCCUCCGCAAAGUCUACGCUUAGCAGCACAUCCUGCCCCUCUCCUUGUCCACACAGGCCCUGAGAGGGGCUGUUUGCUUUCUGUGCUCCCUUGUCAAUGGCUUGGUUAACAGAAAAGGAAGCCUCUGCCAGCCUGCCUAGAAUGACCUGGAGAGCAUCUCAGAGAUCCUGACUGCUGCUCCAUAGGCCUCUUGUGGGCAAAUGUUGUGAAGUAGGGGGAUGAGAGAGAGAAACAAAGCAAAUCAUAAAGGAAACUGCACUUGUGCCCCUGGGCUGGUCCUCCUUGCCUGGGCCAAUUUGGAUGGGGUUAGAAUAGAUAGAGAUAACUAACCUGAGGUUAUCUGCAAGUUCGGAGUUUAAACUGUUUUAUACUGUCAUUGCAUCAUGCAGAAGUAGCAUCGUUUUGUUCCAAGGUAGUCUUCCUUCCUCCUUCUCAGAGCUGUCUGGGGCAGACCCUGUGUGGCCGAGCACCUUGUUUACGACCUGCUUGUUCCCUGUGCUGUUGAGAAGCAGAGUGCAGUCGGGAGCACACUCGGGACUGUUUCUUACUCUCCAGUUUGAUCGAGGUGUUGAUGUUUGCUCAUUACUGGGCCAAGUCAGAGCAGUGUGCCACUCUGUAAAAAUGUCCACCGACCCCCUCCAGUGAAGUGCUGGCCCCUAAGUUCCCCCUAAUGGAAGUGCUGGCACCACCAGUGAUGUUCUUACCAACACCUUCUUCCAUUUCAGCCACCACCCCCACCCGAUCUUUUUCUAUUCUUGGCAGAUAACUGAAGAUCGCUUCCCUCUCCAUCCUCGCCAAAGCUUCUCUGUCUCCUGUGACGAAGAGAUCAUAGCGUAAAAAAGAACAGCACACUUUCCUAACUAGGAUCCCGUACGUAAACUAGGUUCACAGAGCAAAUACCCUGGCCCAAGCCUUGGAAUGCAGGUGGAAACACUGGGUGGUGGUUGGGUGUCAUGCAUGGAAAAGUUGAAUCUUCCGGUUGGCCAUCCUGAUGGGUCUAACAUGAGUCCCAGCUUGGGUAGUGAACAGUAGAUGACAAUGACAGUGAAGUUUCUGAUGGGACAUACUCACAUCUGUCAUUUCCUAUGGCUGUGUUAUUCUUGGCUGUGAAAGUAGGUUUGGUUCUAGCCCUCCCACAGCUCUGUAAGAACAACAUAUGUUAUAAUAAAUUCCUUUCUGU